AUGAACAGCUGGAGUGGUCCUAAUGAUUCACCUGGGUAUAGUCUUCUGCAUAGUUUACCUUUUCUUCAGUUGUUAAAGGAAUAUAUGGACUCAAAUAAAUACAUAGAGCAUUUAGUAACUCAGCUAGAAGAGCAACGGUGGAACCUAUGGAGGCAAAAGUUGUCUGUGGCUCAGCUGCAGCGGGAAGUUGCGCGAAGUAAGAGUGAAGGGACAAUGCGCGAGAAGCUGAUACAUGAGUUGGAGGAAGAAAGACAUUUGAGACUUGAGAGUGAAAAAAGAUUACGGGAGGUGACAUUGGAGUCGGAGCGUAGCAGAGCUCAAAUGCGUGGAUUGCAGGAGCAGUUUUCGAGGAUGGAGGAGACGGUGAGAAAUCUACUGCAGAAUCAAGCAUCUCCAGAUCAGAAUGGAGAGGGCACAGUUAAUAUCAUGAAGGUGUAUCAGGAAAAACUGUCAGAAGAGGACAGAAAAUGCAAAGAAACUAUGGAACACAUUCAUAUUGCAGUAGAUGAAGAUUCAAGAAGUGAAAGUAGCAGUACUGAAGAAGAGAAAGAAAAGACAAAAUUGCUAUUAGAACGAUUGAAAGCUCUGGAGGCAGAGAAUUCAGCAUUGGCUCUGGAAAAUGAAAAUCAAAGAGAACAGUAUGAAAAGUGCCUCGAUGAGGUAGCCAACCAGGUUGUGCAAGCUCUACUUACUCAAAAGGAUCUGAGGGAAGAAUGUGUAAAGCUGAAAACAAGAGUUUUUGAUUUGGAACAACAGAAUCGAAUGCUAAGUGUGCUUUUUCAACAAAGGGUCAAACCAGCUUCCGACCUCCUUCUCCAGAAACUGCAUUCACGCAUCUUAGAUCUCUCGUCUGGGGAUUUGCUUUCAGAUGUAGAAAGGAACAGAAGUUUGAUACAAUCACGAACUACUGGUGUUCAGAUUCAUGAAUGCCAGCAGAAUGUGAAAUCCAGUAUACCUGCCUUGAAAUGCCAGAGUCAAUUAAAUACGACAGGGCCCAGUCGCCUAUAUCCCCGGAGCAGUUGCAGUAGCAGUGAACUCUCUCUAUCAAGUGCUUGCAGUGAAUAUUCCAGUGGCUCCUCCUACACUUGGAAUGAUGGAAAGACGUGCAGUAAAAGGUCAUCUAUAAGCUGGGAUAAAAGAAUAAGCAUUGGUUCUUCACUCCCGAGCAACCUCUCUAGUCCUACAGACGAUCUACCUCCAACUCGUAUCAAGGAAAACCACAUUUUGGAAGGGCUGAAGAAGUUACAGAAACGAAAAAUGUUAUUUGAACCAUCUUCAGUAAUAUCAAAAUGGGGUUACAAAGAUUGCAUGGACUCCAAUGAAGGAAUAUAUUCCCCUGGAAUUAAAUGUGGCAGCCAUGAAGAACAAACUCAUUGUAAGCCAAUGGAAAUAGGGAGCGUUGGCAUCGAGCACAACAAAACUUUCACUUAUGAUUCAGAUUCACAUGAUGAUGCAGAUGAUGAAUCUUCAUCUUUAGUGUUGCUGCAUGAAGUACCAAGCAAAGGUUGCAGGCUGUAUUGUAAUAAAUUAACCCACAGUAUUUCUGACAGUCUAUUUGGUUGGGAGCCUAAUGGGAAACAUUUACCAGAAAAAGGUUCAGAUUUUAAUUCAAAGGAAAGACCUGAAAAACUAACUAGUUUUGUCAAUGAUUUUCAGUCAGAGGUAAAAUCAUGCACAAAUGUUAAGCUGCCUGUACUACAGCUAGAUCAAAGCGCUGCUAAUCUAGGUUGGAAGGACCUUAAUUUACAGUUUUCAGAUACUGAUGACAAUGAAGUCAUGGAUGAAUUACAUAUAGAAAGCAGUGAUGAAAAAAGUCCAUCGGAGUUGUUAUUAACUCCCUUUACUGACAAGCAUACAAAGAGCUCUGACAUGCUUGCAGGGAUGGAGAAUUCUCAGUUUGUAUCUACUGACGGAGAGGAAAACCAAGUAUCCACUCAGUCAGAAAUUGGGCCAAAGACAUGUAAUUUCAUUAAACAACAAAAGGUUAUAAAAAAGACUUCUUCUGAAGAAUGCACUACUGUAAUAUUUGAUGCUGAGGAUGGCGAGGCUAUUGAAUUCAGUUCACAUCAAACUGGAGUAGUCACUGUGACUAGAAAUGAAAUUUCCAUCAACCGACCACAAAGUGGGCCCAAUGCAGAAUACACUGAAUUUAUACCUCAGGGAAUAACUAAUUCGCAGACAGGAACUAAUGCUAGAAACUACACUGUUUUAGAAACACCUGAAGAUGAAAUCGAGAAAAGGACUCUUCAGAAUAAUGUAGGGAAUGAAAAUACAAUUGUCCCCAUGACAUGCAGUGAAUCUUUACACUUUGGAAGAGCAUUGUUGCAAAAUACUGUACAACAAAAGCUAGUGAAGCCAGUGUACAAUGUAUCAUAUAAGGCCAAUUCCAUCUCCACUGUUCAUGCAGGUAUCAAUCAAAAACAAAACUUGACUAAAAUACCCAACAGAAGUAAGUUUUCACCACAGAAAAUUAAGAUGACAGAUAGUGAGGAGUCCGCUGCAGCCUUAUCGUCUGGCCCAACAACCCUAGAAAAAUCACCAGCUUUGCUGCCUAUGAAACUGUCAAGAUUCAAAAAGGCACAAAGUCCAACUCAUAAUCUGGAUUUGAAAAUAGACAUAGAGAUUCCAAAGCACCCUGCCCAUUUUCCUCAAAAUUCUAAAAUUCCAGGCAGAAGUGAUUGGACAAAGAAUCCAAAGAGUCAAGUUCCAGAAUCGCCAUUAUUGCCUCGGCACCUUAUAGAACCCAGUGACUACGGAGAGCCCCCAACCAGAGAUAUUCAUUGUGAUUUAGCAAUUGUAGAAACCCGAUCCCCAUCACCCCCCCCUCCUCCGGGCCGGUCAACUUCACUGUUGAUAAAACCAAAUUAUGAACAUUCUCCACCUUUAUCCAUAAAGCCAGGCACAACUGUUCCCAAUGAAACAGCAAAAAAUAUUCUUAAAUUGUCACCCUUAAAAAGAACUGCAAACCCUAUAGCUUUUCAUAAUCAAUCUAAUCGUGAAAUGCUAACAAAAAAUACACCUCUAAUGGCCAAAAUUGAAUUAGUUCACCUUCAAGAGAAUGGAGAAAUGAGCACACAAAACAUGCUUCAGCAGUCCCACAGCUCCCCUGGAACCUCUCAAGGGCCUUCCAAAGUUUUCACAAAAAGAGCUUGCCCAAAACCCUCUAAUCAAUCAGUAUUCUGUAGCAAUCAGGAGCUUUCUAACCCAGGAUUACGGACAUCUAAGACCACCUCUCUAGCUUGUGUGUCACUGGAAACGGUUUCCUCACAAAGCACAUAUUCAGGCAAAAAAGGACUAUCCGAUGGCAGUGGAGUGCCUCAGCCACAAAAGAUGCCAAACAGUCUGCCCACAUCUCCACAAUGUCAAACAGCAAAUAGUGGUGAGCCUCUUCUGUGUCAUGUUAACCGUUCCUCAUUACCACUAUCGUUUCAUGGCAGUGACACGACAAAUGCUGUCCAGAUCUCUCAUGAGAAAGGACUGAAAACCCGCCUCCCUGUAGGACUGAAACUACUUGUAAAAUCUCCCCAACUCCUCAGGAAGAGUUCUACUGUACCAGGGAAACAAGAAAAAGACAGUAUAAAUGCAGCUUCCAAAAGCAAUGUGAGUUCAUGUAAGUACAAGCAGGAUGAAUCCAUGUGUCUAACCACCAUGGAAACAAUGGGUACGGAAUUAAGAGUCACUAAGGCCAAUACUGAAAUAAAAGAUCAAUUUUCCAUGGGACUUACUAUUGAUACAGCAUCACCUCACUCACCUGAAAACUGCAGCAUGAUGGUAGACAGAAGAGAUGGAUUAGAAAACAAAUUAGUUAAGAGAUCUGUUUCUUCUAGUAACAAAACAUACUUAAAACCGGCUCUGGGAAUGAAUGGAGCAAAAGCCCGUAGUCAAAGUUUCAGCAUUCAUACAGGGGAAAAGCCAGCUACUCCUGUGACAGAAGGGCUAGGAAAAGUACGGACUCAGAUUAUUACUAACACUUCUGAAAGAGGAAAUUCUUUAACAAGGCAGAACUCUACCAUGGAAGGAUUCCAAAUCAAGGCCAUUCCUGGGUUAGCAAUGGCAUCAGAGACCCUUUCAGAUACUUCAAAAGUUCCAGAAAAAUUCUAUUCUAGACAAGGUUCUGAUGGAAGCAUGAGUAGUUCCAAUAGUCAGCAUGGUAGCCCAAGCAGACUACCAUUCAGAACAUCUCCAAAAGUGGACUUGUUUCACAACAUUUCAAAAUGUGAGGGAAACAAAUCACCUUCUCAGAAAGAUACACCAAAUAUAUUUGUCCACAAUGAAAAAAGCAGUGAGAAUUCUAAACAGCAUCCACUAAACACAAAAAGUAUCAUGCAAGCAGAAUUGGAGUUGGAGUCAUCACCUACUAUUCCAACAGAACAAAUUUCAUCAUUUCAAAACUUGGAUGGAAUACAAUAUCCUCGUAAACUUGAAGCAAGCAAGUCACAAAGACAAGAAACCUCUUUAAAGAUACCAGAAAACUCUGAGGUUACCAGUGCUUUGAAUUCAUCUGUUGUACAACCUACAAUAGAAGAAAAAGUCAUGUUGUGUAUCCAGGAAAAUGUGCAGAAGGGUCAAGGGCAAAACAAGUCUCCCACCACCGAGAUGAAACAAAAGACUGGGCCCUCUAUAGCUAGCUGGUUUGGUUUUCGUAAGAGUAAACUCCCAGCCCUGAAUGGUAGAAAAACUGAUGUUCCUAAAACAAAGGUAGAAAAGAAAGAAGCAAAAGGUUCAGGUUUUGGAAAUAAGCAGGCAAAGUCAGAGAAAAAAAAAGAUAAAAAGAAAACUGACCAACACUGUGAAGCAGAAAAUGAAUUUAAUAAGAAAACUGAAAAUGGUGACAUUUUAGAUGAUGUUUUGAAAGGCAAAAAGAAUACAAAAGCUUCACAAGACAUUCCUGGCCAGAUUAGGUGUUAUCAAAAGAGUGGUUCCUCCACCAUCACAUAUUCAGCAAAAGACAGUUUUAUGAAAGAACUUUUAAACAGAGUUGAUAAGAAAGCAGCUCAGCAGACAGAAAGUGGAUCAAAUAAUGUUUCCUACAGGAGUGUGUCGAAGGGCAGCUCCCAGGGCUCCUCUCUUCCCAGCAACUCUAUCAGCGCUCAAGGAAGCCACAAGAAAAACAGCAAAACAAAAGCUGAUAUGGAAAUGCAGCAUGAGACACUGACUAAAUUGGUCACAGAAAGCCAGCAGGAAGAUGAAGAGGACACCAUCACAAGCACUACAUGUCAGAGUCACGUAAUAGAGUCUUGCUGCCAGAUGAGAACAUUGGACAGUGGGAUAGGAACCUUCCCUCUCCCAGACUCAGGAAACCGGUCAACUGGACGAUAUGUUUCUAAGCAAGAAUCAACUUUAGAAACUGAAGUCUUCAUGCCUCCUGAGCAAGCCCUCCCUUCAGCUCCUUCAAUAAAAGCCAAAACUCUUGAGCGAGAAGUGCCUUCAACAGCUAAGAGCCCAGAAUCUGUGGAAAACAUGAUUAGUCAUUCAACAUCUGAUCCUACCAUGACUGCCAAAGUUGUACGACCUUUUCAAAGUCGCCUUCCAAAACCAGUCUCCUCAGGAAUAAUUAACCCUCCAAAGCAAAGUGGACAUGAACAAAUUCUGGUGACUUCUGUUUCAUUAGAGCAUACUGAAAAAAAUGUGGAAAACAAGAAGAUUCUUCCAGACUGGAGCAGCAAGAAAGCCACUAAAAAAACAAAGGACAAGGCACUACGAGUGUGCACUUAUUCUGCUAGCAGCAGUAGUGACACUGAAACGGAACCAGAGUAUGAAACAAAUGACUUUGGAACUGCAGGGGAAAAGUUAGCAGAUUUAACGAAGAACAAACAAGGUAACUGAAAAUUUAUACAUGCUGAGCAAGAAGAAAAUACUGUGAGAAAGUCCUUUAUGGGGAGCCCUAUGUCAAUCUUGGAUUUAUAUCAACACAGUCUCUAUGGCCAUUAUGGAGAGGAUGGGCCUGAACAAUUAACACAUUACAGUUUUAUUGAGCAGCUGAGUGGAGCUUCCAGUAAAGAAGGCAAGAGCAAAGAGAUCCCUAGUAAAUUGAAACAAGCUGAAAAAACAAGGGAAGAUUCUGAGACUAGAUUAUCUAAAAUUUCCCUGGAGUCUCUCAAUAAAUUUAACAGCAAUAAUGUCAUUUUAUUAGAAAAAGAGAAGAAUUGUCUGAACAAGGUUGAAGGACAAAAGGAAGAAAAUGGAAAGAAUGAAGAAGCUUCUUUAAAUAGCUCUGAUAGGCAUGGGGUAGACAAUUUAGAAUCUUUGAGUGAUUCUUUAUAUGAUAGCUUCUCAUCCUGUGCCAGCCAAGGCUCUAAUGAUGUAUAA